AUGGCUGGAACAACUCGCCGAUCAAAAGUCAAGGAUAUGAGUGUAGAGGUUGUAGACAUCAACCCUUAUAGCAGGCUCAUGGCACUGCAGCGGAUGGGUAUUGUGGACAAUUACGAAAGAAUAUGGGAUUUUUCAGUUGCCAUAGCUGGUAUUGGUGGGGUAGGGAGUGUUGUUGUUGAAAUGCUUACAAGAUAUUGUAUAGGUCGUCUUUUGUUGCAUGAUUAUGAAACUGUGGAGUUAGCCAACAUGAAUAUGUUACUUUUCCUCCCUGAAUAG